GAAGCAGCAGAUUGUUUUGAUGCUAAAUUUGUAAUAUUGUGCGAAUUUUAUGUUUUUUGUUCACGCAUCUAAUGGAAUAAUCAAUACAAAAAUGAUUUGCCGUCUGUGCCUGAACAGCGCCAGCGACACCAUUCAAAUAUUUGAAGGCGUCGGCUUGUCCCUGAACGUUGCCACAGUGCUGGCCAAAUAUUUCUGGUUCGAGCCGAAAUGUGAUGAUCCCAUAUCGACGGACAUCUGCGUGGGCUGUUGGAAGCGCGUCAGCGAUUUUAAUGAGUUCUACGCAAGUGUGGAGAAGGCGCAUCGCCUGCUCACCGAAAGAUUCUCAGUCAAAGUAGCCGAGCAGCAGGAGAGAGAGGAACGGCUUCUUAGCAGAAGCAACACUGACCAGCAGAAGCAGGAAGAGCAAGAAAAGGAGGAUUCGAGAGAUUUUCUCAUGCACAGCGAAUGCGGUGCCGAGGAGGAUUUGACAAAUGAAGAGCAUAAGCCCACAGUGGAGGCUUUGUAUGCGAGUGGAAAUGAGAGCGAUGCAGCGGCAUCGUUUAGCAAUGAGCAGUUUCUCAACGAUGUGCUGGCCCAGCAGGUAGAGCCAGAUGUUGAUGCUGACGCUGACGCUGUUGCUGAUGCUGAUGGUACCGCAGACGAACAAGUGCCGAACACUGAGACUGUGAAGCAGGAACGCCGAGAAACGCGCUCAACACGCUCCAAGAGCAAAGCUCAGCAAGUGACAGAAGCAACAACUGCUGCAGCUGUUGCUGCGGCGACUGCUGCAGCGGAGCAGUCAACGCCGACCAAACGUCGAGGCAGAUCGAAAGCCGAAAAAGUUAGCCCCAAUGCUGAAGAAGAAUUGCCGAAGAACAAACGCUAUGUCGACUAUAAGAAAUCGAUGUUAGAGAUCGAUGAGAAAAUAGCACAACAUAUGCGACUCACCUGCAGCAUUUGCCACGAGGGACAGGAGACAUUUCUGACGCUCUGCAAGCAUAUGAUGACGGUGCAUCAUCGCAAGGGCUAUGCGGUCUGCUGCAACAAGAAGUUCUAUAAACGUUCCUUCCUCACCGACCACAUCGAUCGGCACUCGAAUCCCGAGAAAUUCAAGUGCGAAUUGUGCGAUCGAACCUUUGCGGACAAGCAAUGUUUGCGCAAUCAUGAGCUGUUGAAGCAUCAGCCGGACGAGCAAAAGAAAUUCAUGUGCGAACACUGUCCCAAGCGCUAUACCAAGCAGUAUUUACUCGACCAGCACAGGAUCAUACACAAGGAGCGCAAUGUGCCCUGCGACAUAUGCGAGCGGCGUUUCCCCAACAUGUCGAUGCUGUGCACUCACGUGAAGAUGGUGCAUGGCAAUUAUGGCACCAUGUGCGACAUUUGUGCCCAGGUCAUACGAGGACAAGCCGCCUUUAAGCGCCAUCAGCUGGAGCAUGCUGGCAUUACGGAGCCGAAGGUGCAGUGCGACAUUUGUGGCUCGUGGCAUAAGAACAAAUAUAGUUUAAAGAAGCACGUGCGUCGUCAUAACGGCUCGUCCGAGGAGUGCACGUGCAACAUUUGCGGCAAGGUGUCGCCCAACCGCAGCGCCAUGCUCAGCCAUCAGCGUUACGUGCACAACGCAGAUCGCGUGCAUGGCUGCAGCGUGUGCAAAAAGAAGUUCAAAAAGGCCAUCAACCUCAAGGAGCACAUGGCCACACACACGGGUGAGGUGCUCUACAAGUGCCCGCAUUGCCCCAAGACCUUCAAUUCGAAUGCGAACAAGCAUUCGCAUCGCAAGAAGAGCCAUCCCAAGGAGUUUGAAGAGGCGCGCAAGGCGCGCAUACAAAAUCGCAUGGGCGACAAUAACAAGAGUCAAACGACAAGCAUGAUAACAAUAACAACAGACGCCAGCGAUGGCCAGCUGGAGACGCACAAUAUACUGGUCACAACAACCUCGGCACAGCAUCCGGAUGACGACGACGAGGAUUACAAAGGCGAAGACAUUGAGUACAUGCUCACGCUCAGUCCACAGCCAGCGGAGUAGCUCAACUGUGCAACUUAUUCAUA